GGCUUCCACUAAUAUCCAGGCGCUGACCCUGCCGAUGUUGGUGUCUUCAGCAGUCUAUGCAGCAAAGAUGGAUGAGCUGGAUGCGCCCGUUUUCCCGGUGCCGGUACUUUCCUUUCCAGCAAUGCGGUAGUUCAAGAGUCGUACCCAUAUCGCGGACCUUCCACUCUUCGCAACCUCAAUGGCAGGAGGAUCGUCGGCCUCUUCGCAAAGAACUGAAACAAGCUGCCAAGGCAGCAAAGAGGGCUUCAAGUCCCCCAGCGCCUGAAAAGCAAGAUCUUCUCGACGAGUGGGAGUUGACCGUUGGAAUCGAGAUUCAUGCACAGCUCAACGCGGCCAGAAAGCUCUUCUCAUCUGCCUCAACCGUCGCGACGUCCGAACCAAACUCCAAUGUAUCAGCUUUUGAUAUUGCUCUGCCGGGAUCUUUGCCAGUCUUCCAACCGGCUGUCGUCCUACCAGCUCUUCGAGCAGCCAUCGUUCUAGGAUGCAACAUUGAACCAGUCAGCUACUUCGACCGCAAACACUACUUCUAUCAUGAUCAACCUGCAGGCUACCAGAUCACUCAAUAUUACCAUCCUUUCGCAAGAGACGGCCUGGUCACUUUGACGUCUGAUGAUGGCUUGGAAGAGGGACGAGUAGUCGAGGUGCAUAUCAAGCAAGUACAAUUGGAACAAGAUACGGCGCGAAGUCAAGAGGAAGAUGAACACACAACGUUGGUAGACUUCAACCGCUGCGGCCAGGCCUUGGUUGAGAUCAUCUCGCUCCCCAACUUACACUCCCCUCGAGAAGCAGCCGCAUAUGUCCGCAAGGUUCAGUCAUUGCUGUACGCUGUCGAUGCUGUCACCACUGGAAUGGAACAAGGCGGACUCCGAGCCGACGUCAAUGUCUCUGUCCGCCGUCGGAACGGAGACAGUGAUGGCGGUUUCGAGUACAGCGGUGUAUCAGGUCUAGGCCAACGAACGGAAAUCAAAAAUCUCAGCACUCUCAAAGGCAUCGAAGAUGCCAUCAAGGCAGAGCGAGACCGUCAAAUCAGGCUUUUAGAAUCCGGCGGUGUGGUUGAACCAGAAACUCGAGGCUGGUCCUUGACUCAUCCACACGAAACUCGAAGGCUUCGUGGCAAAGAAGGUGAAGUCGAUUACAGAUAUAUGCCCGACGCUGAUAUUCCGCCCUUGUCCUUCGACCUUGAUCUCAUUAACCAUGUGGCUCGAAGCAUGCCUCCGACACCUGCUGUCCUUGUCAGACACUUGGUCCAAGAUUAUGGACUUUCCGUUACGGACGCAAGAACUCUGGAGUCGCUUGACGAUGGCGAAAGGUUGAUUUACUUUCAAGAAGUCGUCGCCGAGUUGCUAAGUCUAAAUGCCCCUGAAGUGAACGAAACUGAUGUCGGAAAGAUUGCUGGUAACUGGGUUUUGCAUGAAGUGGGCUCACUCUUCUCAACUGAUGAGAGUAUGUGGUCAAGCGAUAGGAUCCCAGCGAAGUCUCUCGCCCACAUCAUUCAUCAAUUGAGAAAGAAUGCUAUCACCGGAGCAUCCGCCAAAUUGAUACUGAAGCUGAUCUUUGAUGGUGAUGAUCGACAGGUUUCGGACAUCAUCCGUCAAGAGGAGCUGAUGUACGUGGAGAUGUCCCCUGAAACGUACGAGACAAUUGCGAGAGAUAUCAUCCAGAACCAUCCACAACAAGUCAAGGAUAUUGUGGAAAAGGGCAAGAUCGGAAAACUACAGUUCCUGAUGGGUCAGAUGAUGAGACACCCACGAAGAAGCGAGAUGAGUGCUCCAGAGGCUGAGAAGACAUUACGCCGCCUCAUAAUGGGGGAGAAGAGUUGAGAUGCCAUAGUGAGCAUGAUGAGCGCUAUGCACUGAGAGAGGCAGUAGCGAGACCUUGUCACUCGGGAUACUAUGAACUACUGUUGCUACCGUUGAUACAGUAUCAUAUCCCAUCUAAUCUUCCCGAGACUCCUUUUCAAUCCCAUUAC